GAGACCGGCGCUUCUCCGGAACGUCGAACGAAACGAGGCGAAUAUAACUGUCCAGCGAACUUUACACCUGGCUCGCGGUAUACACUUCCAAGUCCUCCACCAUUCACCCUCUCUUUCGCUCUCUGCCACAGUCGCUGCCUCUCUCUUUCUCUCUCUCUCUCUCUCUCUCUUGCUCUCCCUCCUGCCGCUUCUGCCUGUGUAUAUAUGUACACAUAUAUAUAUGUAUACGCGUAUAUAUGAAUGAAUAAAUACAUAUAUACAUGUAUGUGUAUGUAUAUAUAUACGUUUUCUUCCAUCCUAACGCCACCCCUCCGUUCUAACAUCAAACACCCCCUUUAAAGUUCCGCAAUCGCGGCUACAACGUUAACCGGCUAUGAACUCACUGCCGCAACUCGCCGGCCCUUCCGAGCGCGCGUGUGUGUGUGCCAGUGCGUGAACGAGACAAAAAAACCCGCAUAUGUAUACAUAUGUGUCGAUAUUUAUCCAUAUUUAGAUAUAUUCGGACAUAUGUAUGUGUAUUUUGGUAACUCAAACCUCUCGCUCGUAUUACCUCCCUCGCCAAGAGCUUUGAUGACUUUGAAAUAUACGGUGACGAUAAUUUUUUUAUACUUGAACUGCGGAGAUUUAACGUCAAUGAAGAUUCGAACGAGAAGCUCAAGAAUCCAUAAGAUUGUCGACUCUGGGACUAACGGGGAUAGUCAAGGUCGAGAGCUGGACCACAACGAAAAUCGAACGACGACCUGAACGAAGCUCACGGGGGAUGGAAAUACUUUGUGAUGCCAACGAUGUCACCAACGAUUAACGAGACAUGAGACUAUCGUCCAGGGUGGACAGGAGGCGGAGAGGAACUCCUGCAGGCUGCUGGAAGGAACGGUAGCAGCGAGGUGGUGAGGCCGAGUCGGGUGGAUGGUUUUCGAGGGGGGCGGGGGGGCGGAGGAGGCGUGAAAAAGUAAAAACCAAAUGAAAUUGGCGAAUGAGAAAAAUUAGUCAAAAUGAAUCUGAUUAAUAUGGACGCGGAGAACCGGGUGGUUCUCAACGUCGGUGGUAUACGUCACGAGACGUACAAAGCGACAUUGAAGAAGAUACCGGCUACGAGAUUGUCCAGACUCACCGAGGCACUCGCCAACUACGAUCCCAUUCUCAACGAGUACUUCUUCGACAGACAUCCAGGCGUUUUUGCCCAAGUAUUGAAUUACUAUCGCACUGGAAAACUUCACUACCCAACCGACGUUUGUGGACCACUUUUUGAGGAAGAACUCGACUUCUGGGGCCUCGAUUCCAAUCAGGUGGAACCGUGCUGCUGGAUGACCUACACUCAGCAUCGGGACACUCAAGAAACUCUGACGGUGCUGGACAGACUGGAUCUCGACACGGAAAAGCCGAGUGAUGAGGAACUCGCCAGAAAGUUCGGAUUCGAGGAGAACUAUUACGGUGGUACACUAACGUGGUGGCAAAAGCUUAAGCCAAAAAUGUGGUCGCUGUUCGACGAGCCCUACUCCUCCAAUGCUGCCAAGAUAAUCGGUGUGGUAUCGGUGUUCUUUAUCUGUGUGUCGAUAUUGUCGUUCUGCCUGAAGACACAUCCGGACAUGAGGGUGCCGGUGAUAGUGAACAAAACGGUAAAGUUGUUAAACUCAACGACGUGGACAUUGGACAAGAGUCACACGAACGCCCACGACGCCUUUUUCUACAUCGAGUGUAUAUGCAACGCUUGGUUCAGUCUGGAAUUUCUGAUACGUAUAACGGCGAGUCCGAAUCGUUGCGAGUUCAUAAAGAGUUCGGUAAACGUGAUCGAUAUGAUAGCGACAUUGAGUUUUUACAUUGAUUUGGCACUGCAAAAGUUCGCAUCGCAUUUGGAGAACGCCGACAUCCUCGAGUUCUUCAGUAUAAUAAGAAUAAUGAGACUGUUCAAACUAACGAGACACUCGUCGGGGCUUAAGAUCCUGAUACAAACGUUCCGUGCCUCGGCCAAAGAGCUGACCCUCCUCGUAUUUUUCCUUGUCCUCGGCAUCGUCAUCUUCGCCAGCUUGGUUUACUAUGCGGAGAGGAUACAGGAUAAUCCGAACAAUGACUUCAAGAGCAUACCACUUGGACUCUGGUGGGCCCUGGUCACCAUGACUACGGUCGGAUAUGGUGACAUGGUGCCUAAGACUUAUGUGGGCAUGUUCGUGGGGGCGCUAUGCGCCCUCGCCGGUGUACUUACUAUCGCCCUGCCGGUGCCCGUGAUCGUCAGCAACUUUGCGAUGUAUUACAGUCACACGCAGGCGCGAGCCAAGCUGCCCAAGAAGAGGCGUCGAGUGCUUCCGGUUGAGCAACCCCGGGUAAGAGUACCCGGGGCACCCCCGGGUCAACCGGGGGCUGGAGGGACGACGGCUUCCACGGGGGGUAUACAUCCCCAUCCCCAAAAUACCUGUGGCCAUCAGGUCGUCGCCCUCUUGCCCCCGGGAGGGCCAGCGUCCUGCCCUCCAGGUGCCGGCUCCCCUGCUACCCUCCAACAAAUACCCGGAGCUCAAAACAGGCGAAUGAACGCCAUCAAGACUAAUCAUCCCAAGGAUCCUUUUGCAUCUACUAAGACAGACGACGAUCGGAGAAGCUCUAAUUUACGGACGAGCAAUGGGACCAAGACGUCCGGUGCCAUUGGCUAACCAUUACGAAAAUCAUCGAGUUAACGAAUGAGAUACUUAUUUCCAUGCACUGCCGCGAACGGUCGGGACCUCCAACACGCUAAAACACAGCCCGACUAUACCAUUCGAAUCGUCGAGUCUUCGCACUUAUCGGGGAUCGACGCGAAAACGAGUAAAAAGAGAUAAACUUAAUAAUCUUGUGAGCGUGUGUGCGUCUGAAUGGGAGCGCGCGUGUGUGAGUGUGCGUUUGUGCGUUUGUGCGUGUUCUGUCCGAUCAACGCGAAAACAAAGCUAUAUAGUGACUAUUUGAGGCUCCGUAUAUAUACGAUAAAAGGAUGGACUCACGAGCACAGCAUCCUUGAUGAAAAAUUUCGAUCCAUCGCUCACCGACUCCCUCCAUUCGCGAGGGGACAAUUUUCUCAUCGUUCAAUAAUCUCAAAAAAAGAUGAAAAAAAAAACACACAUGCAAACGCGAAACUUAAUUAAAUACACAUCUACGCUAGCUGCCUUUAUUCACGAUUCACUGAAAAAUAAUGAGAAACAGAAUAACCGAUAAAAGUGGGAACGCAAUUAAAUAAUACACGUGGAAGCACUGAUCAUUGCACUUUGAGCAUACUCAUCGGUGCGUAGCAGCCUCGUAAACUUCAUCAAACUAUCUGAAUGUAUAUUUGCCCCACUCUUUUACAAAGUUAUUGCAAAACUUUUGCAACCAGGAACUUAUCCAUGAAAAGUGAUAGAAGUGAAGUAAAAUUCAAAACUCGGCACUUUCGGUUACCCCCGAAUUUCCAUCAGAAUCCGUAGCACAGCAGCGCCACGCGAUACACGAAACGACAAUAAUUUGUGGGCUACGGAUCGCGGGAGUUGCCGAUUUCGAGUGACCACGGACGCGCAGCAAAGAGAAAAGAAAAAAGUUGAAAAACAAAAACUGGUUAAAUAACAGGAAUCGUACGAAAUUUAUCAUCGCACUUAUCGCGUACCCUAACUCAAUGCCGCUGGGACCAAUCAUCAGCCUCCUUAUCAUAAGCACUCGGCUAAGGAAGAGAGAAGAAGGAGGAGACGCUCGAAAACAAUGGCAGCCAAACUUGCAGUCAACUUGUACUUUUAUUUUCAUUUUUCUUUCAAAAUUUAGAGUCUAUGAGGAUGAGUACCGGGUCAAAGUUCGAGUCGUUCCAUACUCCAAUAAAUCCAUCUUCGUCAUAUCGACGUGUUAUAGACGAGAGAUUGAGAGGAAAAACAAAUACGAUACCGAUUUCAAAGUCUUUUAAUCGUUGUUUCUUCAAUCGACAUAUCAUUGGUGAUCACAUUUAAAACGAUUGCUCGCAGUUUCGACACAUAUCCAAGAAAAAUAAUGAUUAAACAACAACAAUGACGAGGAAAGCCAUAUAUAAACGGUUAGAAGAACACAUUCGUGUAGUGAAAUCACGGUUUGAGGAGCUUUUUUUCCGGCUGCACUUCUGCUCGAGCAACUCGUCCGUUUGUCUUUGUCCUAAUAAAUCGAUAAAUAUAUCGAUCUCUCGUUGUCGUAUAGGCGAAGCCCGGUUUUUCGAAGAAAUAAAUCGUAUUUUCUUGUUGGUUCAAAACUAAAGAAAAAAAAUGAAUAGACAAAUGGUUAAAUAAAUAUGUUUGACGAGCGACAAAAAAGUAUCGUUUGACCGGGAAAAAUUGGAGCCUUUUUCUGGCUCGGGUGCCACGUUGCCGGUCGUAUCAGGUAUAUAUUGGAAUGAGGCAAAAAGCUGGACAUACCGACGCACGUGGGGGGGAGUGAGUUUCGUGACGAAAAUCGAGGAAUCGAGGAUAUUAAAACAAGAAAUAAAAUUAAAAAAAUGAACGACGGGGAGGACCGCGGGCGCGAGAAGCGCGCGCGUACUCAUGGGGAACAAAAACAAAAAACAAAACUAGCAGAAAAAGCGCCUCCUCGAGCUUGAGUUAGUGUCUAAGUCAUAAAAUUUUACGAAAUUUUACGAAAUUUUAUUAAAGAAGAAAAAAGAAAGGAUCGAGGAGGAGAGCGGCUGGCUGAAGAGAGCAGAGAAGCAGAAAAAUCGCAAUUACGAGAUUCUGGAUCAUUUUGAUUUUUAUUCAUUGUUAAAGCGAAGGAGCUUACAGGGGAACAAAAUGAAAGGAAACGCAUAUCCGCGGCGGUUACUUUGAAUUAAGCGGCACGUACGCACAGACACUUUAAUAAAGGAUUUAAGCAUGGAGCAAACAACAGGAACAAUGAGAAACAGAAAAAUAUUAAUUAAAAUAAAUAUUCGAAGGGAAAAAAACGAGAAAAAAGGCACAACAUCAUUCGAAACAAAAGUAGCAGCUGUGGACGAGUAACGGAGGAAGAUGUCGUACGAACGCUUGACGGGGAAAUCAUUUUCAAUUGUUCGCAUGAAAAACAUUUAUAUAAAUCUUGCGUUCAAUUCGUUACUCGCAAUCGAAUAUUACACAAACAAACGCAAUUUGCAAAUAAUAAUAUAAACAAAUAAUAAUGAUAUUAAUAUUAAUAAAAAUAAAAUAAAAUAAUAAUAAUAAUAUAAUGAUGAUAGUGAUAAUAUGAUUAUUGGUAAUGACGUUAUACUGUACAGUGCUAAUCCCGAGCACGCACAACAUACCCAAAAGCGUACAACGCGUGGGUGCAGAAGACGUGAAAAUUGAUAGAUAAGUAUUGAUGAAAAACACACAAAGAACAUAAUUCAUUUCGUACGAAAUGAUGCUAAGUGUAGGAAGGAAGAUUUGCUUUGAAUUUCAAUAAGUUUUAAUCCUCAUUGCCUGCUUAAGUAUCGAGAGAUUAUCCAUAUCAAUUAUCCAUUAAAGCAAAGUUUCUUCAUUUCAUCAUCGUUUUUAAUACGCUGCUUUUUUUAAUCUCUCAAUUCGUUUGAAUGAUGAGCAAUUAAUUGUGAUAGUUGACUCAUCGCUGACUCACUUAAUUCGAUGAGCUGAUCACGCGUGACUGGCAAACGUGCGAAAAAUUUUACGAAAAUAAUAAUACCACUAAUAAUAUGAAUAAUAAUAAUACGAGUAAUAUUAAUGAAAAUAUAAAUAAUAACGAAUCACCAUUUGAAUUUUUUCUCAUAAGCAUUAUCCUUAUAUUACGAUCGAUUUUUGAUUGAAUCAAUGAAAACUCUUCUCGUUUGUCGUUCAAUUGCGAUUUGCUUCAAUGAAAUUCUGCACAACUUUGAACAUGCCCGGGGCUACAUUGAAAAAAUGUAAUUAUCGUAAAAGGGAGCUUAGUCUUGUCUUGAUAAAUGGUAGAGGAGAAAAAAAAGAUUUAGUACGUGAAACGCUUGAUUGGUUUUUUUUUCCGGCCUUAAAAUUCGAGGGAGAACCGCGUCGAAAUUUGUAAAGUUUAACAUUCGAUCGUUCAAUUUUAUCGUUUCAAUUUUUGUGGCUGUGAGAGCACUUUGAAAUUCGCCGAAAUCGAAUCGAUGAGAUAAGCAAAAAUUUGCCAAAUUCGGUGGCGUGAGAAUGUAUAAAAAAAAAAAAAAAAAAAAAAACACUUAAAUUAUAAAAUAAUGCGAGAGGAUAAAUUUAUUUUUCAAUGAAAUUACGGAGCGGUUUGAGUUCAUCGCAUUGUUAGGAGAAGGAGAAGGAAAAAGAGCACAAAGUAGAGUAGCGAUAUCCACAAGAGGAACGAUUUUUCCUUGCGUUUCUUCGAUUGAAUUCAAACUCGAUUGUGUAAAAAUAAUAAUUUGAAAGCGCGCGCAGAGGAGAUUUGAAUUCGAUCAAUACGUCGGAGCAGAAUGCUCCGUUUUUCCCUCGUUUUUUCCCUCGUCAACGAAAUUUAUUAUCUCCAAGCCCGAAAGCUGCUAUUCUAACAUUCAAAAUUUCUUGAGCUUCUUCGAAUAAGGUGAAUAAAUUUUCUUUUCCGCGCUAGAAUUGUGAUUAGAAGGAAAGAAAAUAUUUCCGUUUCCCGGCGGUUUCAGGGCUCAAAAUGGUUGUUAUUUCGACUUAAUACGAGCGAGGUGGGGAUAUAUAAAUAUAUAUAAAUAACAAGAAUAUAUAUAUAUAUAUAUAUAUAUAUAUAUAAACAACACGAACACAUAGACACAUAAAUAAUGAUUAUUAUUAAUUAUCAAAUCGGUCCCGUUGCCGAUCAUUUUCACAAAUAAUAAUAUAAAUAAUUAUAAAUAUCUAAUUAAAAUCACACACAAACACGAAACACACAAUUAUGUACGAAUAACACAAAUGUACGAGGCCACAAAUACAUCGACACAUAUACACAGGCUCACGACGAAGGCGAGGAGAGAAGCGAGAGAUAAAUAAAUUCAUUACUUUAAAUAAAAUUUUAAAAACCAAACAACAAAUGGCGAUGGCGAAUUAUAUAUUAUUGUACCGCGAAAUCGCGCGCUACGUUUACGAUGAACUAGCUGGUUUGUAAAUAAAUUAUUUGACUCUUUGAA